AUGGCUAGCCCGGACGUUUUGCUAGGCCUGGUGAGCGUCUGGGUGUGGGACAAGGCAAUGGGGCAGGCUUACGGCAUUAUCUGCCGCCUGUUAUGCAUUAUAUUGGCUCGCCCCGUCCUGUUCGUGAAUGUGCUCGUCUUUGGCGCUGCAGCCGGUCCAUUUAUACGACACUUCGCCGCAACACCACCAUCUCUUCCCUCCUUCACAAUAAUUUACAUGCGAGUCGCGCUUGCUUGGAGUUGUGAAUUGCUGGCGCCAAGGGUCAGCGAUGUCAUUAAAGUUGUACUGCACCGUGUCUGGACUCACCGCUAUAUCCUGGCGAUUCGCGCCCUUACGACGGUCACCCUCGCGACCCCUAUUCUUUUGCUCUACCUGCGCAACUGCAGCCCUCCACCACUUCCGCCCGAAAUUGCACCCACGCAUGCAGAAAGGCGCCACCAAGUAUUCAACGUCUUCGUACUCGGCCUGCGUGAAACAGUGCUGUUGAGAGUACCUUGGGGAGCAUCCGCUGCUUGGGUUGUGCGCGAACUGGAUUGUCGUCGCCUUCUGCGCCUGCACAGUCAAGAUGCACGACUUGGAUUCCACCUGCUUCUGUGCCCACGCGCAGGCGGCGCGCCGUGCCUUCUCCAUCUCCAUCAAGACCUCGCUCAGGCUGGCUUACUCAACAAUGCCACUAUAUACUUUCGCUAUACCGUUCUUGGAGGGGCACGCACUGUUGGCACCCAAGCCCAGUCUAAGCGACGCGAGUAUGCGUGCGACAAUUGUGGUCGAGACUUUGCGGAGAGUGCUCAUCUCAAGACGCACCGCACAAUGUCUCGUAAUGCCGGAUGUCGCGAAGACGCCAGCCACCGCGCUGCAUUGCGCAGGGAGUUGAAAAAUGCUGGCCUUCAACCGCGCCCACCGCCGCAACGAAUUCGCGUUCCUAUUCGCGACGAUCAGCCUGCCUCGCCCGUAGCAGGUCCUUCCAGGCAUGCACCGAUGGAUAUCGAUCCUACACCUCUCGAUGCCAUGGACGUAGACCCUCCGAGUCCUCCCCCAUCGCCACCACCGCCAAGGUCGCCACCGCCACCACCUCCUGAUCCCGAUGGCUGGGGCGAGGAGGAUGACGCGUUGGUAGCUCAAGCAAACGGGCCUGCUGGGCGGGACGCUGAGGGCGUCCUCUUUGAUGAUGAGGAUGAUGAGCUCGAAGAUCAGGCGGAAGGGGAGGAAGGCGAUGGAUCAGAUCUUGGCGUCGAGGGGGACGAAGAAGUCAGAUAUCUCGACCACCUAUACAAUUACUUCGGUAUAGGCAAUGACGCCGAUGCCGGUGCCGGCGAACCUGCGCCUGAGGGCGCGCCGCCACCUCCGGAGGAAGAUCUGGAUCCACCGCCUCCGCAACUGCCUCCGCAACCUGCUCCACAGCCAAUCCCACCACCACUCCCUUCAAAGAGGCGCACCGUACUGUUUGGUGGGAUGGCAGAGGAACCUGUCAACCCAGGGGACGUUCACAGUACCCCUUUCGCAGACUACGAAUCCGCCCUACCAGAGGGUGCUCACGAGAAUCCUUACCACCCGUUCGCCACCAAGCUCGAUUGGGAUCUCGCUGCGUGGGCCAAGACGCAUAGCAUCGGAUCCAAUGCCCUGACGGAUAUGUUAAAGAUUGAAGGUGUUGUGGAGCGUCUCGACCUCCAAUAUCGCAAUACGCACGAGCUCAACAAGAUACUCGAUAAUGAGCUACCUCGACGCCCGGACUUCAUGCGACAUACAUACCGGCUCGGAGGAGAGACACUAGAGAUGUACGCACGCGAUGCGCUUGACGUUCUCAAGGACCUCUAUGCGCGACCCGACUUCGCCAGCUCAAUGGUGUUCGCGCCGGUCAAACACUUUGUCGUUGUCGAUACAGAACACGGUCGGGUGGAGGAGAGGGCAUAUUCGGACAUGCACUCGGCACGCUGGUGGUGGAGAAUGCAGACCAAGUUGGAGAAGAACAAGCCUGGUGUUGAACACACCCAACUCACGCUCUUCCGCAACCACUCUUGCUACCCCGUUUACCUGACGAUCGGCAAUUUGCCGAAGGAAUUACGCAGGAAGACCUCGCUGCAGGGCCAGGUGCUACUGGGGUACCUUCCAGUAACACGUCUACAGGGUAUCAAGCGGGACGACGUCCGGCAACGCGCACAGGCCAGCUUGUUCCACGACUGCAUGCGUGAUAUGUUGGUGCCCCUGCGUGACGUCGCAGAUGCCGGCGUCGUGCUCAAGUCUGGCGAUGGCGUCAAGAGGCGCUGCCACCCGCUCAUUGCUGCAUACGUUGGUGACUACCCGGAGCAAGUGCUGGUGGCGGGCGUGAAGUACGGUACCUGCCCAAAGGGCACACUCGAACCGUCCAAGUUUGGAGAGCUGGGCAAAUGCCAGCUCCACGAUCUGUCCACCAUCGCCCAGGCGCUCGCUCUUGCAGAUGAGGACCCAGAGGAUGGCGACGUUGAAGCCUAUGUCGCGGUGUGUCAAGCUGCAGGGAUCAAGCCACUCGCGCCGUUCUGGAAGGACUACCCGCAUGUCGACAUCUACUCUGCGCUCACGCCGGACAUCCUCCAUCAACUGUACCAGGGUGUUGUUAAACACCUCAUAUCCUAG